CAAGGUAUACCGCCUCACCUCAAAUAAACCCCGGCGGCGGGACAGGGUGAGCAGAGUGGGAGAGCCAGUGGCCCGCACUGUAGAUCUGGCAGUAGCGGAAGGGAGAUCCAACAAUGAGUGCCCAAGACCCCGGCAAGUUCCCAGUUUCCACAAUCUGCGCGGAGCCGAGAGGCCAGUUGGAUCUCAGCGCCAACAAGGGGGCAAUUAUCACAAAGUCUACGCAUGCGAACUGCAGGAUAAUAGCGAUUAUUUCUGUUCUGGUGGGAGCACUGAUGGUUGCCGGAGCUGCCGUUGCUGCCUGGUACUUCCUGACUAACCAGUCCAAAGACAACAGUGAAAAGGUCGGACUCUACUAUGUGGGAAGUUUGCGGGUGAUCAAUCAAGAAUUCAUCAGCGAGUAUGGACAGAACGAGAGUCCAGAGUUUGAAAGCAAAGCUGCGGAUGUCAAUGAGCAGAUCAAGGAAGCAUUGUUGUCUUCAGACAUUGGAUCGUACUACAAUAAAUCAGUAGUCUACACUUUUGGGAAGGGCAGCCUACUGACAUAUUUCUGGGUGGCCUUUCAAGUAAAAACUACCAAGGAAAACGAAAUCAACAGUGACUUGGUAAAGGCGUCGAUCAAUAACCUUUUUGAAUCUCAAGAAUCAACAGAUUACCAGAUCCAGCUGGAGUCAACUAAGAUAAGCAAUCUAUCGAAAUAUGAACUUGAGACCUUGAUAUCAGCAGCAGAAUGCCACAGUUAUUACUUCAUCGGCACCACAAACAGCGUCAGGCUGAGCGGUCCUGACAGCAAGUACAAGAGCUGCUUCUGGCACCUGCAAGGUCCUGCCGGGCACCUCCUGAAGCUGAGGCUGGAAUGGGUGAAGGACUAUUGCCGGGACCGCAUCUUGGUGUACAACGAGAUCACGGUCAGCCAAAUGAACCUCCUCACCUCCCUGUACAAAUGCAACUGGCACGAACCGGCAGUCGAAAUCCUCUCUUCCAGUAACGUCAUGUCCAUUGUCUGGAAGGAGGGACGUUACAGCAGCUCUCAGACCUUCAGAUUCUCAGCACAGGCUCUGCCAAUGCCAGAAUGCUUUGCUAACAUCACCUUGAGAGAAGAAUGGGGCAUUCAAGGCAACUGCAGCACGCCGUACUUUCCGAGCUAUUACCCACCCAAUGCCCACUGUACCUGGUACUUCACUGUCCCAUCCCUUGACUAUGGAAUCACUUUGUGGUUUGACGGCUACGAACUGAACACACCCUUGUUCAGAGAUCCCUGCUCCCAAGGCCAGUGGAUGGUGCAAAACCGAAAGCUGUGCGGACAGAGACUGCUGCAACCGUACGCGGAGAGAAUCUUCGCCGUGGCACUGACCACAAAAGUGACCUUCAGCUCCGAGGUGACGCUGACGGGGCCGGGCAUCCAGUUCCAGUACAGCCUCUUCAACCAAUCCAACCCCUGUCCUGAUGGUGUCUUUUGCACGGUGUCUGGUCUGUGCGUCCCAGAGUGCGACGGCCUGAAAGACUGCAGCAAUAAUGCGGACGAGAACAACUGUGUUUGUCCUGCGCAGCAUCUGUGCACCGGGGGGAGCAGCUCCUGCCUGUCGCUUCACAAGGUCUGCAACCACGUGAAGGACUGUGAUGGAGGGAGUGACGAGGAGAGUUGUAAUGAGGCCGUACCAUGUAGCCUGUUCACCUACAAGUGCGACGAUGGCUCCUGUGUGAAGAAGGCAAACCCUCAAUGUGACUAUGAGAGGGACUGUGAGGAUGGCAGUGACGAGAGGAACUGUGAAUGCGGCCUUCAGAUGAGCAAGAGCCGAAUUGUUGGCGGGACCAAUUCAACGGAGGGGGAGUGGCCUUGGCAAGCGAGCCUGCAGAUCUACGGCCAGCACGUCUGCGGAGGGAUGCUGAUCAAUGAACACUGGGUGCUGUCCGCAGCCCACUGCUUCCCCGGCAGUUAUGCACCACCAGAGUUUUGGACGGUCUAUCUUGGCAAGUUCAAGUUAAGCACCGUGGGCAGUAACGAACUCAGCUUCAAGGUACAGAGAAUCAUUGUCCACCCUUACUAUGAUGGAGAAACAUCCAGCAACGACGUGGCCCUCCUCAAGUUAGACCAGCCCGUGCCCCUCGCGCCAACCAUCUGCCCGAUCUGCCUCCCUGCCACGACGCACGUCUUCGAAGCAGGCCAGCUGUGCUGGGUCACGGGCUGGGGAGCGACCGAGGAAAAAGGUCCAGUAGAAGAUGUUCUUCAGAAAGUGGACGUGAAACUGGUGGAUCAGUCAGUUUGUAAUGAAGCGUACUCCUACUCCAUCACGCCCCAGAUGAUAUGUGCUGGUUACCCAGAGGGCAAGAAGGACUCCUGCCAGGGCGACUCUGGAGGACCGCUGGUGUGCGCGGAGUCGAGCGGCAGAUGGUUCCUGGCCGGAAUUGUGAGCUUUGGUUAUGGCUGUGCCCGACCGGAGUACUACGGCGUUUACUCGCGCGUCACCAGAUUGAUCACCUGGAUCCGCAGCGUCACCUCGUAACCAAAGCAGACCGCUCGUGCACCAGGUGUGGGAGGCUGACCAUCAGUGGUGAUGUCACAGGGACCAUCUUGAACGCACCACAACACUCAGCAGCUUUUGACGAUGUCAGCAUGAGAAGGUCAAAGCUCAGCACCUUUUUGAUUAUGUCAGCACAGGAUGAUCAAGGCUUCUGACCUUUUUUGAUGAUGUCAGCAUAAGAAGGCCAGUACUCUGCACCUUUUGAUGACAUCAGCAUGGGAUGCCCAGUGUGACUUUUGUAAAUACUCUAUCAGGCCGAUAAGGCAGGAGUUGGGACCUUUUGUAGAAAUUUCUCCAUCUGUAUUUUUGGGAGGUUUGUGCAGUUCUGGGUAAAGAAUUUUAGGAACCAAGGGAUUCAAAAGCCAACCAAGAUAAUGUUAGAAUUGGUUACCACCACUUCCUAGACCCAUCAAUACCCAGGGCACUGGACGCCAUCUCUGUCACCUGCUCAUAAACAGACUGGGAGGGUGGAGAGUGGAAGGUUAGGGGCAUUGAUCCAAUCCCGACUGACUCAUUUCCAAUUUGUUUCUCCCCAGCUUUGUUUUGUUACCUGCUACACACCCCCCACAUCACACUAGCAACAUUCAACUGCAAUCAAUGUUGGAUUUUUCAAAUUGCCCCCCUCCCCACCCCCACCCCCACCAGGAUUGCGUGCUCAGUAUGAGAUCUUGCUGUGCACAGAAACAUUUUGUCCCCAUGGCUCACUACUCCUCUUCAAGAAGGGUGUCCUUGCCUUGAGUGGGCUUCGGGACAUCAGGAGGCUGUAAAAGGCACUUCCUGCACUGUUCCCCCGGGGAGGUUCAGGGAGUUUAACUGCGGCCUCUAACGACACGGCAUAUUGACCCCUAAGUAGACUGUCGCCACCGAGGCACCUUUCAUUCCAACUGUAGAAACUGAGGCCAUUCUUCCCAUUGAACCAAAACUGGAAGUUUGGAAUAUCCACUAUUUAUCCCCACACACCCAAAGGUUUCAAACCCCCACCCCCCCACCUCUCUCCCUUUGAAAGUCCCUGUUAAAUCUACUUCUACAGUCCUUUCAGCAGCUAUCCCAGAUCACUGCCUGAAACUUCUCCCAUCUUUCCUCUGCAUCUUUUGUCAAUUGACUUUAAAUUUGUCCCAUCUGAUAUUGCCUUUGGAAGGUCAUAAAUCAAUUCUCUUUUAUAUCUCCGUUAAAUCAAAGUUCAAGGCAAAUUUAAUAUUAAAGUGCAAAGAUCGCACCAUAUACAACCCUGUGAUUCGUAUGCUUGCAGGCAUUCACAGUAGAUAUGGGAAACAAAAUGCAAUCAAUGAAAGACUGCACCAAUAUGGGCGUUGAUUCAGACAACAAACUCUGCAAAUACAAAAAUAAAGAAAUAAUAAUAAUAAUAA